AAAAGCUUAUUUGUAUGCUGAACAAAAAGGAGCAGGGGCGGACUGACCAUUUGGAAACUCAGGCACUGCCCGAGGGCCCAGGGUCAGUAGGGGGCCCCAUGAGAUGCCCCUGGUACCUUUUUCAUAGGCUCUUUUGAGUUUGGGCAAGGACAGAGGGCCCCAUGAUCCCCUAUUGCCCAGGGGCCCCAUGAGUUGUCAGUCCGCCCCUGAAAAGGAGGCAAGAUAUCUGGUACUCAAUGCUCCUAUAGUUCCAAUUAUCAGUGCAGUCAGUU